CAGUUUAUUACUUUGAAAAAGUUGAGGGUAGCACUCAGCUCAAAAACAAAAAUGUUCCACAUCGUUUAAGCGAAGAUGAUUGCACCCUCCUUAAAAACACUUGCACCUCUGAAGCUGACAGUAUUCUCGUACAGUCUUGGCAUCGGUGCUUAAUAUCGUUGUAACACUCGAUCCUGGUCGCGUAAUACGUAUUGUGAUUUAUUUCAAAGUUCGUGUGCAUCAUGAUUGCGCCACACCAUACCACAUUCAUGACGAUCAAUGAGCCGAUCGGUUAUCAAUUUCACCAACCGAAGUUCAAGAUUCAGUUUUGACACUGUUGACAUUUCGAGAGCGAAUACGGUGUAGCACUGUUUGUAAAUCCUGGCAAGCCAUGAUUUUGUGCAGACACGAUAUGUGGCAAAACCUGUCGACAGAUGACCAGCAUACUAUAGUGCCUCACUUGUUACCUUACCGGCGCUAUAUAGAAGCAUCUUCUGUUAAACGCGUACAUUUAGGAGAGUUUGCUGAAGACUGUUGGCCAUCCGUAGCCAAAUUUCUGUUGGUAGAGCUAAAAUGCGAUGCGAUCCAAGAUGUUGAUGUGCGCACAAAGCGCCUUACAAAAACUAUCGUUAUGCCUUUACUUGCCAGAUGCGGCAAGACGUUGACUCGCAUCUAUUUUGCUCCUCCGCGCCGCGAACCGGGCGACGCAAAAAUGCUGGAUGAAUGGAAAACCGAUGUCACGCCAGAUAUAUUCAUCCGGCAAUGCCCGAACUUGACAAGCUUUACAUUUGUAUUCUCGAUAAACCUCAAUGAUUGGGAGGAGUGGUCGCCGAGAAUACCAUCAUCGGUCGAGAACUGUCACUUGACGGACCUCACGCUCGGCUUAGACAAAGGUCUCGAUCUAGAACCGUUUCUUCAAGCAGCACCCAAUUUAAAACUGCUUGCACUACUGUCACCCGAUCUCGGGCAGCUUACAGGUCAAGCACUCGUUUCACUGUUGAGCCUUUAUUGUCCACGGUUAACGUCGCUUGUAUUAACGAAUUAUAUCAUCGGAUGGGGUGACCUUGAUAUCACUAAAUUGCAUCUGCCAAGAGAAAGUGAUAUACACCGGCGACAACGACCACGAUCUCCACAUCAGCAAAUCAUAGACAACAGACUAGCAGCAACAAGUGGAGGUUUGACGGAACUCAUUAUAAAUGACGCUGUGUACGAGUUAUACCAUACCGUUGAAUUCCUAUUGCAUCACUUUGUCCGACACCAGCACAGCGUAUUAAAACGGCUCGACCUCUCAGGCAACGCGUUUUCUCAUCCCUGGGCCAUGGCAGAACUAUGUCGUUACGAAUUCCCCUUAUUGACACAUCUGACUGUACGUUGGUGCGAAACAAAUGCUAUGGAUUUGUUGACACCUCGCUGUACUCCCAAUCUCCGGUCGCUUCAUAUACAAUCAUGUCAUAUCACGUUCACCGAUGAUAUGCUGCUUAGUCUGCCCGACACGGUUGAAGAGUUCGUUUUGGAGGAUUGCCAUAAUGUAACGGAAGAAGGGCUUGUUCGGUUCUUGGAAUCACGUCGUACGACACUGCGCAAGUUUGGUGUUAGAGGACGGCUCCAAGCUUUCGCUCCUGAUGUGCUGCAUCAUGCCAUUGCUUCCUCAGACAAUGUUAUUGACGAGCUGUUCAUUGAGCAUCUUUUUGAUAGUGAAAUAGCACUUGUGCCCCAUAUGAUCAAGUUUUACGAUAUUAUGCUGGAAGUGGGUAAGCGGAUGCAAAAUAUUCAGCUCCGUUUUGAUGAAACCAGCUGGAAUCCGUCCAACGUUCUUGAAACCGUGCAAGGCAAAACGUUCCUGAACAAGUUGGAUCGUGUGGCACAGGAAUGGAGUUUUUAUUUGGAAUACUGGGGUACCAUCACCCAUGAAGAAUAUAGACAGAGGAAACAAACUGUGUAAACGCACAUUUUCUGUUUUUCAUCUUCUGUACGUACAUGUGUAUUACAUCAAUUUUAGGCUGAAGAAUGCAUAAAAGAACUUUGUGAUAUAUAAGCAACAGAGACACAUCUUGUUGUUAUCAUUCGAGGAAUUUUAAGACAAUAAAUUGGUAGCACACAUAAUAGUAGCAGAAAGCGACACCUUCACAAGACUUUAGAAGGAACAACAUUACUACUCAUAUACCCCACACUACUAUUAGUAAUCGAUAACUGAGUGUCAGAUACAGACAUGUAUAUAU